AUGAGUUCACGCCCCAUUGGAGGGAGGCUGCCCCCAUCAGCAGUGACCCCAAACUGGACAACAUCCCUCUCGUAUCUAUCGGGCAGCGUCUCCGCCAUCUCCAGACUCCGAUACGCAACGAUGCCCGACGCGCCCCCCCGUCCGCCGGACGCGGGCUCCUCUCCCCCGCCAUCACCUCGCCUUGCCGCCAUAACCGAGGCCUUCGGGUGCCCCAUCUGCCACGCGACGGUCCGUGCCCCCGUGCUGCUCCCCUGCGAGCACAUGUUCUGUUCGGAGUGCGUGCGGCGCCACCUCUCCAACGAGUCUGCGUGCCCGCAGCCGUUCUGCAGGGCCGCGUGCACCACGAAGCACCUGGUCCCGCUCCGCGCCCUGGACGUCGCGCUGGAGACCGUGCGCGGGAACUGCGCGCCCGCCACGUCGAAGAGGGCACGAAAGGAAGGCGCCCUCGUGUUCCUGUCGAAGAAGGACCCCAGGGCGAAGCGUAGGUUCGUCGACAGGCUCAGGGAGAACGGCCUGCCCACUACAGGCUCGCUUAACGCACUCGCCGCCCGCGACAGGGAGUUUGUCAUCCGCUGGAACGCCAACUUGGACGCCGCUGUGCCACAGCCGAAGAAGAGAAUCACGGACCAGCUUGUCGCGGAUGAGAAUCAUGCGGCGAGGGAACGGGAGAAUGCCGCGUAUGUGAGCAUCGGCACGUUUUUUGCUACCAAGAUCGCGGGGGACCCGCAGCUGCCCGCUGAGGGCGAUGGCUUUGACGACCUCAUCCAAAAGAUCACGGUGAAGAGAGAAAAUUCGAAGCGGAAGCGAAGGGAGGUAGACGACAGAGAGACCUUGCCUCUUGCAAAGGUCCCCAAGCAUGCUGGUUUGUCGACAUCGCAGGAGGGCUUGAGUUCGAACGGAGAGCAGCACCCAACUCAUGUCAAUGUUGAACCUCAACAACAGGCAGUGCCUGGACUGCCUACCAAUAACGUUAACUUUGACUGUCUCGUGGUCCCGCCCGCACCCCCGUCAAUACCUUCCUCGCCAUCCGAUGGAUCGGCAAAGGACAAGAGCGAUAACGCGCACGACAGGCAAGCUUUCCCUAGACAAUGCCCUGUGGCAAUUUUGCAGCAAAGUACUGCAGAAGUGGGGCAGCUAAAUAAGAGUCCAAGGACAGACUCUUUACAUGACACUUCUCUUCCGCAAGCUGUCUCUAGAGGACAGUCUGCCCCAUUCCCGCAGCGGGAAGCUACAAAUCAGGCCGCAGAGAGGUUCGGGAAGAAACCAAAUUUAGCGCGUUCGCGGGUCAGUCCGGAUUCGAAAGAGCCUGAAACUCCGAAACACAUUCCACAGCCUAUACCAGGCAUGGGUGCUGCUGUCCGCGGGAGUUUCAUACAGGCUGCUAUUCCUACCGCAACCCAAACUCCCAGCCCUGCUAAGAUGCCAUCUGCAGUCUCAUCACGUUCACAGAGUGAAGUCGCAAACAGUGAAGUCGCAAACAGUGGAGAGCCAACAAUACGGCCAUCUAAUCAAACGCAAUCACCUCUGACAGAUGAACAACGGCGUAGAAUACGAGAGAGUCGCGAGAAAUGCCUGGAGCGAAGGGUGCAACGCCUUCAACGUGAAAAAAUGCGACAGCCUGACUUCUGA